GUCCUCGCGAGAUUUGCGCACGGCAACGCCAGGCCGAGGGUGGGCGUGUGAGUUUUCCUAGGAAGUGGCCUCCUAAGGACUUGUCGAGAGGGCAGCAAGUUCAGGGCCCUGCGGCCGGACUGCUCCCUGCCCCUUACUUGGGCUGUGACCUUGGUCAAGGCCUAGGCCUUAGCUUUCCAAUCUGUCGGAGGGGGAUCAGAGUGAGGUGGCUGGCGCACAGGAAGUCUGCUUAAAUCAGAAGCAGGGCUGAGCCCAUGUGUUGCAGAUAUCCUGCAGCCUUGGAUCUUUUGCAUGCAUCUUCUAAGCUUGCGUGCUGUUUGUGCCUCAUUCGAGCGAUCUCAGACUUGGGCCCUUUUGAAUCCUUGGUUUCUCUCUCGUUGGUUCCUCAGGGAAGAAGCGAGAUGCUUAGACAGGUGGCGAGGGUCACAGAAGGUGGCUGCCUGCCCAGCCCAGCACCAUGCACACACUUGUGUUCCUGAGCACUCGGCAAGUGCUCCAGUGCCAGCCAGCUGCCUGCCAGGCCCUGCCCCUGCUGCCCCGAGAGCUCUUUCCCCUGCUGUUCAAGGUGGCCUUCAUGGACAAGAAGACUGUGGUACUGCGUGAGCUGGUGCACACAUGGCCCUUCCCACUGCUCAGCUUCCAGCAGUUGUUGCAGGAAUGUGCUCACUGCAGCCGGGCAUUGCUGCAGGAGCGGCCCAGCACUGAGAGCAUGCAAGCUGUGAUCCUGGGGCUGACUGCCCGGCUCCACACCCCAGAGGCUGAGGCUGACACACAUUCCCUCUGUAGGAAGCACACAUUGCGGGUGCUGGACAUGACUGGUCUCCUGGAUGAUGGUGUGGAGCAGGACCCUGGUACUAUGAGCAUGUGGGACUGCACAGCAGCCGUAGCCCGCACAUGCAUUGCCCAGCAACAGAGCAGGACUGCUGAACCUGGACCGGCCCCUGUCCCUGUGGAGGUUCGUGUGGACCUGCGGGUGAACCGGGCCUCCUACUCAUUCCUGCGUGAGGCUCUCCGAAGCAGCGUGGGUAGCCCCCUGCGGCUCUGCUGCCGGGACCUCCGGGCUGAGGACCUGCCCAUGCGCAACACUGUGGCCCUGUUGCAGCUUCUGGAUGCAGGCUGUCUGCGCCGAGUGGACCUGCGCUUCAACAAUCUAGGCCUGCGUGGCCUGUCUGUCAUCAUCCCUCAUGUGGCUCGCUUCCAGCACCUAGCCAGCCUGCGACUACACUAUGUGCAUGGGGACUCAAGGCAGCCCUCUGUAGAUGGUGAGGACAACUUCCGCUACUUCCUGGCCCAGAUGGGCCGCUUCACCUGUCUUCGAGAGCUCAGCAUGGGCUCCUCUCUCCUUUCAGGCAGGCUGGACCAGCUGCUCAGCACCCUGCAGAGCCCCUUGGAGAGCCUGGAGCUGGCCUUCUGUGCUCUGCUGCCUGAGGACCUGCGCUUCCUGGCACAGAGCUCCCAUGCUGCCCACCUAAAGAAGCUGGAUCUGAGUGGUAAUGAUCUGUCAGGCAGUCAGCUGGUGCCCUUCCAGGGUUUGUUGCGGGCAGCAGCAGCCACACUGCUGCAUCUUGAGCUGACUGAGUGCCAGCUUGCUGAUGCCCAGCUAUUGGCCACACUGCCCACUUUGACCCGCUGUGCCAGUCUCCGCUACCUUGGCCUCUAUGGCAACCCGCUAUCCAUGGCUGGCCUCAAGGAGCUGCUGCGGGACUCAGCGGUGCAGGCUGAGCUGCGUACUGUGGUGCAUCCCUUCCCUGUGGACUGCUAUGAGGGCCUGCCCUGGCCCCCACCUGCAUCUGUCCUGCUGGAAGCCUCCAUCAAUGAGGAGAAGUUUGCCCGUGUAGAAGCUGAGUUGCACCAGCUGUUGCUGGCCUCAGGCCGUGCCCAUGUGCUCUGGACCACAGACAUCUAUGGGCGGCUAGCUGCAGACUAUUUCAGCCUGUGAUCUCCCGGCUUUGGGUGAGACAGGCCAAGAGCCUUUGCUGGGACUCUGUUGGAGGCCUGACACAAAGACACUGGUCUCAGGUUUCCUGCAGGGUCUGUCUUGCCCCUGGGCACACCUUAAGCAUCCCAUGUUUUCUGAGUGCCCUGCACCUGCUCCCUAACUGACUGGCUGACUGCGGGCCCUGUGCUGGAUUUCAGGCUUGCACUACCCUGCUCUGUGUAGCUGCACUUGGCUGCUCUAUGAAUGUUCCUGGGAUCCCAGCUGUGAUCCAAGGGUCAGUGCUGGGCCCUUUGCAUCUUCUUACCAAGAGUGCAGCACGGUGGGAUUGAAGGUGGGGUGGGACCUGCUUCAUGGAGGCAUGGGCUCAUGCAGCCUGUGGCCUGUGCAGUGUUCCGUGCCCUGGCACCAGAGCCACCCUGCCAGCUGGCUAUGGGGCUGGAGGGUGGCCUCAAGGUACAAACGUGCAGUGUGUCUGGAGUUUGAAUCUGGCUGUUUAUUCUGUCCCAAUUGGCCAGUGUGAUUUGUCCCCACCUCUAUUGUUCCCCCAGCAUGGCUACUGGGCAUCAACUGUCAUUCGGCCUUCUGGCCCUCCACCAGCAUAGGGCCCCCCGCCCCCAAGAGCUAAGGGCCAGGACCAGCUCAGGGACGUUGUGGACCUUCCAGAUCACGGUUUCUUGCGGCUCUGGGACGUCUGCCGUCGACGCCUCACGAGUGGAGCCACGCGGGCCAAUGAACGGCGACCGCGUCAUCGGCGCGCGCCGCGGGCUUAGCAGUGAAUCUCGUAGGCAACGCGCGACGGGAGGCGCAGAGCGGGCGGCGGCCCUUCUGACCCGCCGCGGGCCGCGGGAGCCUCCGCCGGCCCCUCGGCGAAGAGGGGCUUGGAACGGUCGAUGACGAACAUCUCGUGGCCCCGCUCGUCGCGGAGCUCCUCCAGCUGCGCGAAGGUGCAGGGCCCAUCCGAGUAGUCGUUGACGAACAGCGCGCCUUCCCCCGGCGGCGCGCCCGCCUUUUUCCUCCGCCUGCGGCGGCGGCAGAUCAUGGCGGCCAGCAGCAGCGCCGUCAGCGCCAGUAGCGCGAUGGCCGCUGCGAUGGCUGUCUGCGUGGCCAGGCCCAGCGCGCGGAACGCCAUACUGCCCGCCUCAUCCCGCGGGGCGCGGCCGGCGGGGCGGGGCGGCGGGCCGGGCGGUGGCUGCCGGGACGCGUUGACCAUGAGGCGGAAGGGCACGCGUGCGGCGCCCCCCGCGUUGGCGGCUUCGCACUCGUACUUGCCCGCGUGUGCCAGGGUGAUGUUAGUGAGGAAGAGCAUGCCGCUGCCGGUGUCGGGGGCGGCCUGGCCGCCCAGAGCUGGCGCUCUGCCUUCCAGCUGCGCCUGGGCCUGCGGCCGGCCCUCGCGAGGUUGCGGCACCUUCCUCCAGGUCACCAGGGGCUGCGGGUACCCGGAGGCUUGGCAGGCCACCCGCAGGUCCUCUCCCAGGUUGGCUGUGAGCUCUAGCGGCUCCACGUGCACAGAAGGCGGAAUGCAGAUGAGGCUACUGCCUGAGACUUCCAGCAGACUCUGCAGUGCCAGACGUGGAGGCUCCGCACACGUGAUCUUCCUGUCCCUGGUGCUGAACAGUCGCUGGCCCCCCUCCUUGAUCCAAGCACCCAGCCAGUGGAGGGCGCAAUCGCAGCGCCAUGGGUUCUCUGUGGGCAGAGCAAGAACACCGUGUAGGUUCUGCUGGCUCUGGCAGAAGCCCACACUCCACUUCCCAUAGCCACCUCAGUGGAGUUUCUUUUCUGCCCCGCGUUCCUGGGAAUGAGGCAGGCCCUUCACCACCACCCCUGCUUAGUUCGAUGAUGCCUGUCCCUUAGGAAGUUUCUUCCCCAAACAAUUCCCACUGUUUUGGGGGAACCUCAGUGACCACAUGGAUAUUCCAACAACACUGAGAUCUUAAUUCAGAUAACCCUUUCCUGGAAAUGGCUCCAGUACUGGUCAGUUCUUUUCAGUUUUUGCCUGCAUGGCCCCAAAGUGUCCAAGAACCUCAAUUUUGUUAAGCCUUUCUGGAUUGGUCUACCUUUUUUCACUUCCUUAGGCAGGUGCCAAAGUUAUGUAUCAAACAGCACUUCAGUUGUCAGCAGCCCUGUACCACAACUGCAGGGGGGUGGUGUGGUCCUUCAAUGUGCUGCCCAGUGGUUUAUCACAGGAACCCCCUCCACACCUGAGCCUGCUCCCUACUGAUGCCACUGAGCCCAGCUAGAGACCUUUGCCUGAAGAGUUACCUGUGAGGCGCAGGACUUGCAGGCUGGCCAAAGGCUGUAGGGCUUCGCGGCUGAUGGUACCCAGUUGAUUCCUGCUGAGGUCCAGCAGGGCCAGGGAGGACAGCCCGGCCAGGGCCUGGUCCUCCAGCAGCUCAAUGCUGUUUUCUUGCAGGUGCAGCUCCUGCAGUCGCUGGAGUAGGGACAGCAGAUCAUCAGGAAAAAGGGCCCUGGGGAGCUAGACUAGGUUCACUUUUCUCCCCUAACUACUACAGUGCACAGGAUGACUGGCAGCACAAGAAGAUCCCGCACUUUGGCCUCUCACCGGCAGGUGCAAGAAGGUGAAAUCCAGCAGCUGUGCCAGUUGGUUGCCGGCCAGGUAGAGUACACGCAGCUGAGCUAGGCCCGCAAAAGCACCUCCUCGCAAGCCACGGAGCCUGUUUCCUGUGAGCGCCAGCUCCAGCAGGCGCGGCUGCGCACGGAAGGCGCCGGACUCCAGAGCACGCAGGCUGUUGUUGUGCAGGUAGAGAUGGCGCAGGGCGGCGAGUGGCGCCAAGGCGCUGGGCUCUAGGCGCGCGAUGUUGUUGUCCUGCAGGAACAGCGUCUGUGGGCCGGGGGAGGGCGAAUCUUAUCCCACUGCAGGAGUCUCGCUCCAUUGGGGCGCCCCAACCGCCCCGCCCGGAUGCUUACACAAGGCUCCCUCCAUCCCAUGGGCUCUUGCAGCCUGCUCCAACCCGAGGCCCGGCUGGCCCCACGUGGUGCCCACCUGCGUCCCUGGGGGGAUCCCCAGCGGGACGACGCGCAGGCGCAGGGCGCCGCACUCAACCGUGGCGCUGUAGCAGCGGCAGGCGGCGGGGCAGCCCGCGGCGCGGGGCGGGAGCCCGGGCAGUGGCAGCAGCAGCAGCCCCAGCAGCAGCGGCGGCAGCAGCAGCACGGGAGCCCCCGGGGCCAUUUCCCUAGAAAACGGCCUGGGGCUGCGAGCCUCCCCAGGGUUGGCCCCAGAUGGGAUGCACCUCCUGAAACACAGGUUGGCAGGCCACUGCUAAUAUUCCAGAGCCAGCCCAAGAGCACAAGUGGAGGCCCACAACCUGUGUCUAACUUUCCAAAAAUUUUAAGUCAGUUCAAGUGCUGGGGAAGUAGCUCAGUGGUAGCCACUUGCCUAGCAUACACAAGGCCCUGGGCUACCCUGAGUGCAGCCACCCCUCCCAAUAAAGAAAC